AUGGGAAAUGUCAUUGCGGCUCCUAUACCUAGCCGCAUUUUAUCUGUGGAAGAGUAUAUAAACGAUAUACCAGAUUUGCAGUUUGUUCAGAGUUUGGGAAGUACUCGGUUUAUGAAAGUAGCAAGAGUAAAUUUUAAAGAUGGACCCGCUGUCUGUAAAGUGUUUCUUCCUUAUGAUCCGUCGUUUUCUGUUGAGCCCUACACGAAGCAGGUUGAACAUCUCGGGACUUUUUUGGCAAACGAACCGAACUGCUUGCCAUACAAGAAGGUCACGCAACGUUGUGCGGUUUUAUUGCGACAGUUUCAAAAGCAGAACUUAUACGACCGUUUAGGUACCAGACCAUUUUUGACUGAUGUGGAAAAGAAGUGGAUUACCUUCCAGUUAUUCAAAGCUUUAGCUCAAUGCGAAAGUACCGGUACUUGCCACGGGGAUUUAAAAACACAAAACAUAUUGGUGUCUAGUUCAUCGUGGAUUUAUAUAACUGAUUUUGCAUCUUAUAAACCUGCUUGCCUUCCAUCCGAUGAUCCUUCGUAUUUUCAUUUCUUCUUUGAUACAAGUCGCCGAUUAAGUUGUUAUCUUGCUCCUGAACGUUUUCAACCAAGCCAGGAAAUAAAAACACAUCCAACAUUGCCUGGAGACUUUAUGGACGUUUCCAAAGGACUGACGCCCAAUAUGGAUGUUUUUUCGGCUGGAUGUGUUCUGAUUGAGCUUCUGACUGAAGGCCGCAUACCGUUUACUUACGAGAGUAUAAUCAGAUACAAAGAGGCGAAGAAAGAUGACGCUAAUCAACUAAUACAACAUAUUUUGGAAUACAUUCCUGAAGAAUGGAGAUCGUUGAUUGGGUUGAUGUUAGAUAGAAAUCCUAAGAGACGGCCAUUAGGUUCGGAAAUUUUACGUCAUUAUGCAUCAGCUUUGUUCCCUAACGUUUUUGACCGUUUUGUUUACAACUAUAUGCUUGCUUUCCGACCACGCUUUAACCCACCCGGUGUGGUUCCUGAGGAACCGAGUGAGGGUGUUACUGCUGUUAUGGAACCCGAUGAUGUGAUUGCUAAGGUUUAUACUGAUCUCAAUAUGAUUUUGGGGAAGCUGGGCGAAAAUUGCAAUGGUUCUGCUCAAACUUCUGCUUCAAUAUUGUUCAUAUCAUUAAUCACGUCUAACAUCAGAAUGCUGAAGUCGUUAAGUGCUAAACUUACGGCAAUGGAAAUAUUGCGACAGUUGGCUGUGAUAACUGAACCGUCCGUUGUUGCUGACAGAAUAGUUCCAUAUUUAAUGAGUUUUCUCUCCGACUUCUGCGUCCAAGUUCGAGUUGAAGCUAUAUAUGCCAUCACUACCGUUCUUUCUUCUAUAAAAGAAAUACCUGUUAACGAAAACCGUCUUUUUGUGGACUAUAUUUUUCCAAGACUGGUCACUGGGUUGUUGGAUUCAGUAAACUGUUUUAAGAAGGUGCUUUCCAUGGAUCAUGCCGUGCUCGUUCGCAUGUCACUGGCUUUAAAUUUGGGAGAAUUAGCAGAAACUUCUGUCAAGUUUUUGACUCAGUGCUCGAGGAAUUUAACAGAUGAUUUUUUGAAAGGAAGUUUAGCAGUUGAGGCGGAUGAUAAGGGGAAGAAAGAGGAGGUCCUUACUAGACAAGAAUUGGAAGCUUUACAUGAAGCUGUUAAUGAGAUCUUUGUCAAUUUGUGUGGAACGGAUAAUAAUGUUAAGCUUUCACUUGUUGUUCCUGAAUCGCUGGAGAAGCUUUGUCGUUUUUUCCAUCGCCAGAAGUCCACGGACGUUUUGCUGUCGCAUAUGAUAACUUUUCUAAAUGACAAAGUUGAUUGGCGCCUUCGAGCGACAUUUUUUCGGUGCUGCACAAUCACAGCUAAAUACGUGGGACGACAGAGCGCUUUUAUUUUACGUUCUCUUCUACAGCAGGGUCUGCGAGAUUAUGAAGAGUUUGUUCAGCUUAGUGCAUUACAAUGCAUAUAUGAGCUAUGCAAAGAACGACUGCUUGACAAGACGUCGAUUUAUAUGCUUUUGGAUGAUGUUGUGCCAUUUUUGGCCCACCCGAAUGAAUGGUUGCGUUUGGCUGUUGUAAAUAUUAUUUGUCUUCUGGAUAACAUUUUAAACAUUGCGGAUGUUUACUGCAAAUUGACACCUGCUGUUAGAGAAUAUCUAGAAGAAAAUUUGAUAAGAAUGAAUAAGAAGUUUACAGUAGCUUCUUGUUUAAAACCUCCUAUACCUCGAAACAUUUGGACAUAUGUUGUCGAGAAGACUCCUGUGGAUAAACUUCUAGAGUGCCUCAGUAACAAAAGGUUAUUAAUUUCUUUGGAUGGUGGAUCUCGAUCAAUUUUUGCGUCUGAAAGAAGCACGCUUCCUGCAGCAUCUUCAGUGGAGCCUUACUUGAACCAACUGAAAAGACUCGAUCUGACGGAUUCUCAAGAAGAAAAACUUAUCAAAUUUAAGUCUAUUCUACCAAAAAUGUGUAACUUUCGUUCAAGCUUCGAUGCAAGGCUUUCACCUGAUACAGAGAAUGGCAUAUUGGAUCUUGGCAACUUGCUUACCAAUGUUAAUCUUAGAGAAUUUGAUUUUAAUACUGGAGAGCAGAAAAAUCCUGAAGUUACCUUGAGAAGUGUAGGGAGCAUGGAGGCUAAUAACUUUUUUCUAAGCGAACCAGGAAGUAUUCGUCAGAAUUCAUACGGUGUUUACAUGCAAAGCGGCGGAACGACCUGUUCAGGGACCUUACGCUCGUCUACUAGUAUAGUUCAACUUUCCGAAUUACUGACACACAAGAGAGAACGGUACAUGAAGUGCCGACGUUUAAUUUCGUCUGUUAGCUCCAGAAUUUCUGCUACUCCCAACUCAUUAAAACGAACGAGCGUGCCGUCGUCAUUGCGGGGGACGAGAUUGAUCGCUCAUUUACACGAACACGGUGAUGCGAUUACAAGUAUGAGUGUGAAUGCCGCCGGAACUUCCUUUGCAAGUGCAUCUAGCGAUGGAACGAUUAAAAUUUGGUCUUUUUCCAAAUUUACUGGUCAGCUCACUGGAGCAAUUAGAGCAGAUGCAACAUAUGUUUACAAAAGGAAAAUAUUUUCAAUUGAAUACCUCCGACACGUAGAUGACAAUCUGGCUAUAGCAGCUGAAGAUGGGACGAUUAAUGUUAUCGAUGCGAGAGGACUUGUACUUGUAAAACGAACUAAAAUAGAAGAAGAUGAUGGUCCACCAGUACAGUUAUUUGCUGCUGAUAAUUUGCUGUAUGUGCUCACUCAUCAUGGCAAUGUGUAUUGCUUAGACUGCAGGGUCGCAACGAAACCUGUGACUCUGUGGAACAUCAAAGCAAAAAAUAAAUAUGGUUUGAUUACCUCUUUUUGUGUUGAUCCGAGUGGUCGGAAUUGGAUGGGUCUUACAUCAACUGGAGGAUGGUUAAUACUGUGGGAUCUUAGGUUUGGUCUCCAGGUGAAAGAUUAUAGGCACUCUUGUAGCUUAUUGGGGUGUUGGCCUGGUUAUCCUCUAUAUCCUAAUACUCCUUUUAAAGAAGUGUGGACGGCGUCUUCCGAUAAUGGUGAAUUGUCACGCUGGGAUUUGGAGACUGGUGAACUUUCUUGUGCAAUUUGGCCUUGUCCUGAAGAGCCAAUUUUUAGCCGCGCUAAGGACAGUAAGUUAGUCACUACUGCGCUGACCACUUGCGGUCAAACAGGUCGGGUAUUUACCGGAGAUAGUUUUGGCGCAAUCAGGUCGUACAACUUAUCAAAUGAAAAGGAAUGCUAUUACCUAUCUGGGCCAGAACGUAGAACAGCUGAGGAGAUUACUGCAGUCGGCGAUUCAGCCAAGAGUAUAAAGUUUGGAAGGACUACGAAAGAUGCAGUAGACGUUAUCUAUCAGUUUCCCCGUGAAUUGAAAGGACGGGCCAGUUCAACAGCACCAUAUGCCAACCCGUUGAGUAAUCAGGUCACCAUUUGUCACCAAAGUGCUGUAUCGGAAAUCUUUUGCCGCGAUGAAUUUCUAGUUUCGUCUAGCAGAGAUGGCAUUAUUAAAGUGUGGCGGUGA